AUAAACAUUUCUUGAGGAUCAGCAAACUAUUCCUAAACUACGGUUAAAUGAACUUGUCCCCUAUUACAGAUUUUCAUUUAUCGCCCAGUCACUUGUUAGGGAAAUGGAAAUGAAACAAUAUCCACCGAGUAUUGUGCUAUUAAUUUCCGCCUGUUGGUCUGACUUUUAUAGCUUUUAGCAGAUGUGUUACACUGACUCUUGAAUUUAGUGAUCGGGAGGAGCACCUGAAGGCAUCACUAGUGCAGACCAGUGUUGUGUGCGCCCUGCUCGUUGUGUUUAGUGCUGGCUCCCCUCUGUCGUCCAUUAAAGCCCGGCUCCAUCCCCGCUGUACGGCGCAGGCCCGAAGUAGCGCAGCCGCUCUGAGUUGUACUGUGGACCUAGCAGUUUAGACCAGGUGGCUGAUAAUGGAGGAGCACGCUGUUCACCAGACGGAGCACAUGACCACCAUUGAGGCCAGCGCCGUCAGCCAGCAGGUACAUGUGGCUACCUUCACAGAGGCCUCAAUGAUGAGUGCUGAGGAAGACUCGACGUCCUCGCCGGAUGAUGACCCGUACGAUGACACGGACAUCCUCAACUCCACCGGCACCGAUGAGGUCACCGCUCACCUGGCAGCUGCAGGACCGGUAGGCAUGGCAGCAGCAGCUGCUGUAGCCACCGGGAAGAAAAGAAAGAGGCCUCACAUCUUUGAGUCCAAUCCCUCCAUCCGCAAGAGGCAGCAGACCCGUCUGCUCAGGAAGCUACGAGCCACCCUGGAUGAGUACACCACCCGGGUGGGCCAGCAGGCCAUAGUGCUGUGCAUCUCGCCCUCCAAACCCAACCCCGUCUUCAAAGUGUUUGGCGCAGCUCCACUGGAGAAUGUGGUCAGAAAGUAUAAAAGCAUAUUAUUGGAGGACCUGGAGAACGCCUUGGCCGAGCACGCCCCUGCCGGUGGAGAUCUGGCGUCGGAGCUGCCCCCUCUCACCAUUGACGGCAUCCCCGUCUCUGUGGAUAAGAUGACCCAGGCCCAACUGCGGGCGUUCAUCCCAGAGAUGUUGAAGUACUCCACGGGCAGAGGGAAGCCUGGCUGGGGAAAGGAGAGCUGCAAGCCAGUGUGGUGGCCGGAAGACAUCCCCUGGGCCAACGUCCGCAGUGAUGUCCGCACGGAGGAACAGAAACAGAGAGUCUCUUGGACGCAGGCGCUGCGCACCAUUGUGAAGAACUGCUAUAAGCAGCAUGGUCGCGAAGACUUGUUGUACGCUUUUGAGGACCAGCAGGUAACCACAACGACCACCACCCAGCACCACUUGACCACCGCGCAGAGCAUAGCUCACCUGGUUCCCUCGCAGACGGUCGUACAGACCAUCAACAACCCAGAUGGAACAGUCUCGCUCAUCCAGGUCGGCACGGGGCACACGGUUGCCACGCUGGCCGACGCGUCAGAGCUGCCCGGCGUGACCGUGGCACAGGUCAACUACUCAACUGUUACUGACGGAGAGGUGGAGCAGAACUGGGCCACCCUCCAGGGUGGAGAGAUGACAAUCCAAACAACUCAAGCAUCAGAGGCCACCCAGGCCGUGGCGUCCCUGGCCGAGGCUGCGGUCGCGGCCAGCCAGGAGAUGCAGCCCGGGACCACCGUCACCAUGGCUCUGAACAGUGAGGCGGCUGCUCACGCUGUGGCCACGCUGGCCGAGGCCACUCUUCAAGGAGGGGGGCAGAUUGUCCUGGCGGAGACGGCCGCCGCGGUGGGGGCUCUAACAGGGGUUCAAGAUGCCACAGGUCUGGUCCAGAUCCCGGUCAGCAUGUACCAGACCGUAGUGACCAGCCUCUCCCAGGGGAACCGGCCCGUCCAGGUCGCCAUGGCACCUGUGGCCACACGAAUAGACAACACAGUCACGCUGGACGGCCAGGCCGUGGAGGUUGUGACCCUGGAGCAGUGACACUAUGGACCUGGGAAGGAGCAGAAAGCACUGAAUAACCACAUUGGAGAUUUGUUUCUCUCCUUUUUCCAAGACACCACAUUGUGUACAAUGUCGAAUAUAUUUUUAAAUGUACAUCUGUAGGGAAAGUAAAAGUGAGUGAUCAACGCAUUGUGUUUACUAUGUAAAGAUAUUGUUUUUGUUGUUGUAAACCCCCCCCCCCCCUCCACUUAAAUUUUUUUUAAGAUCUGAUUUUGAAUAUUUACUAUUUAUUUCUCUACAUCUUACCCUUUCUAAAAACAAAGAUUAACCAAAAAAUAAAAUGGGGGACAGCCACCGCGGCACCUGUGAAUUACAGUUUGAAAUACGGUGCCAUAGUCAUAAAUCAUCCAUGUUCGAUCUCUUUUAUCACGACUAAAAGCCCCUGGUCUGCCUCUCCUCCCGUACGGAACAGCAGCUGCGCUGUACACACUCCCACACAUUCUCUCACUUUGGUGGAGGAAACAUUAUGUUGGAAUAUCAUCCUAUUGCGUGCUUUUCCCUUUUCUACUGUAGUUCAUGCCAAAAUUUGCUAAGACUCAGGAUAUUCAUCGAUGUAUUGUUUACUGUCGGGUUGCAGAAUGGGUUUCUUGAAGCGUUUUUUUGUCUGAAAGAUUUUAUUUAUAGUGCAUGAAUUGGAGGAGCACACUGUAG